UUUCUUACAGCUCUUGCGAUUGGAGAAUACUUGUAGGGGCGGAGGGGCCCUCGGCUUGGCUUUUUGGUUCGUCGGUUGAGAGGAGCACUAGCUGCGGCGCGAACGGGAGUGUUAGAGCGGUGGUGGGAGUGAGCAACAUGACUUCCUCUCCAAGAACACCCUCUGCCUCCAAAAGGUCAGCUGCCUGCCACGGCUCCCCCAAAUCUCCUAGUUUCCCAUCACCUCACCAGAAUGAUGGUACUCCUCUUCCUUCAAUCAACGAACGUCUGGCCUUUCUCCGCCCUUCCCGGCAACUGCUGGAAUACUACCGAAAGAAGAUUGCAGACUUUGAUGAAGAGCAUGAGGAACUGGUCCAAAGGCUGGAGAAAUAUAAAGCAUCACAUGAUGAGCAGCACAAAUUACAAUGGGAAAUGCGUCAGCGAGAAGAAGAAAUUGCAGAGCUGCAGAAGGCUCUGAGUGACAUGCAGGUUUUCCUUUUUCAGGAGAGGGAGCACGUCUUGCGCCUUUAUGCUGAGAACGACAGGCUGAAAAUCAGAGAGCUGGAGGAUAGAAAGAAGAUCCAGCAUCUUUUGGCUUUACUGGGAACAGACAGUGGCGAAGUUACCUAUUUCUGCAAAGAACCACCUCACAAGGCCACUAUACCGCAAAAGCUAAUCAAGGGCAGGGAUUCACAUGAUCGAAGUGGCAAGCAUACUUCAAAAGCAGGUAUAAAACACUGUGCCACAAAACCAGCAGAAAAGGGAGAAAAACCAGAAAAUGAGGAUAGAUACAAUAAAGAUGAGCAAACACUCUUAUUACAGGUUGAAGCUCUUCAAGCUCAGCUGGAGGAACAGGCCAAGCUGUCCAAGGAACAGACUGAAGCAUUGCUGGAGGACAGACGGAUCCGAAUAGAAGAGUCUCUGGUCCAGCAUCAGAGGGACCAGGAGAAGAUCAAAGAGCUUACUCAGAAUUACCACAAAGUUCAGAACCUGCUGCACGAGAGCACCAGAGAUUUUCUCCAGAUGAAGUUUGACGCACGGGCAAAUGAGAAAUCCUGGAUGGCAGAGAAGGACAUGCUGCUGAGGAAGCUGGACAAAAGAAAAGGAGCACCCAAGUGGAGCAGGAUCCGGCGGGACAGCGGCCGAGGUCGGGAGGACAUCAAGAGAAGGCAGGACGGCGGCCGAGUGUCGGAGGACAUCAAUAGAAGCCAAGACAGCGGCCGGCGAGACAGUGGCCAAGGUUCAGGAGACAUCAGGAGAAGGCAGGACAGUGGCCAGCAAGGCAUCAGCCCUGGGCGGUGGGACAGCAGCCCGGAGCAGUGGGACAGCAGCCCCGAACAGUGGGAAAGCAGCCCAGAGCGGUGGGACAGCAGCCCGUACCGGUAUUCUAUUGGCAGAGUUUCUCCUGGCAGGAGGAAAAUGCAAGACAGAGGUGCCAAGCACGUUUCACGAGCAGAGCAUGAAUGCCGUAAACGGUACUGUGCAGAGAUUAAGAGGCUACAGGAGCGAUUAACACAGGAACAGCGGCUAUCAAACAUGUUCCGAGAGCAGUGCGUUUCCCUGGAAGAGCAGCUGGCUAAGAUUCGAGAGGAAGGAGAUGUUAGGACGAGAGAUCUUCAAGGAACGCUCAGAAAAGAUGGGGAGCGCCUGCAGCUGAUGACCCAGCGCUAUGAGGCCUUGGAGAGAAGCGGCGUUGCAUGGAGGUGGAAGGCUUUAAGACAGACAUCAAACAACUUCGGCAAAGUCUGA